UCGUGUGACUCACGCCGCCCUGACGAGCACAUCGCGCGCUCGUCGUGCUGCGCUCUUGGCCCUCGGCCCGCGACGGCCGUUCCUGCGCUGUCGGGUUGCUUCUUCGAAGCUUGCCGACGCCGUGCAUUCCUCCUUUCUCCCACGCCACGGAGACAAUGAGUAGACAGUGCUUUGUGCGCCGGCGCGAGCACUAGCCAAGCGGCGGCGUCGCUCCUAGAUACUUCGCACGCCACGCAGCAGGCCCUCCGCCCGCGGCUCCAGGCGUACGAAGCGCUCAUAGCAUCAACGCAGUAGCAGGCAGGCGCCCGACCUGGCUCGCUCACGCCUGCCGCAUCUCUCAUCUGCGCUAUGUCUCGGGGGGGAGAGCGAAUCACAGGCGCCGCGUGUGCCAGCACGCAGCGUCAUGCGGCGGCCCGCACGGGACAGGACUCAUGCGUGCGGACAGAGCGGCGAUCAGAGCAGCUCAUUGCUCAUGCGAGCCAGAGCAGGCAGCGGUGGACAAAGGAGCCGCUGAUGAGGUGCGAGCCGCUGAGCGAGGUGGCGCGCGGGCUGAUGAUGCGAGAGGACGAGGGCCAGACAGUGGCAGCUAGUGCGGGAAUCGAGCGUUGUCCCGGCCAUCGGGACACUCUCCGAGCCGAUCCGCUGUGCCUGAUGGGCAGCGAAGUCGGAGCGGCGGCCGGAGUUUGCCAGCGACGAGGAAGUGCUCCUCAGUCCCCGCCAAGGCCCGACGGUCGCGCGCGCCAUGUUUGUUCGCGCAGCACGCAGACGCAUGAUAGCGCCGCACGGCAUGGCAUGGCAACUGGCCAAUCUCGACGAGAGAGCGCUACGUAGAAUUAUGGGCAGGACUGCAGCGUGGGUCCGCGCUCUUGUGCGGCACGGCAGGGAGCGCCGAACAACGAUCAGCGCGUGGCGGACGAACAAGAGACGCGCGCGAG